AGGGGUGGUGUUUCUCCGGCUCUUCCCUGCAGCCCAGCUCUUCAUGCUCGCGCCGCACAGACCCGCGCUCUCGGAUUUAAUGCUCCUGUCGAGUUGGACUAACUUUCCUCGCCAUUGUCGCAGACCUCCGCUUUUGAUUUCGGCGCCUCUUUUCGCCCCCGCUCGCUUGAAAGCAGAAGCCUCGCCGUGAGCUUCCACCAUGCCGCUCAGCUCCGCCAGUAAAAACUACGAUUACGACUACGACUCCCUGCAGCCGUAUUUCUACUACGACAACGAGGAGGAGGAUUUUUACCCGCAGCAGCUCCAGCCUCCGGCUCCGAGCGAGGACAUCUGGAAGAAGUUCGAGCUCCUGCCGACGCCCCCGCUGUCGCCCAGCCGCCGGCCGUCUCUCUCCAGCCUCUUCCCAUCCACGGCGGACCAGCUGGAGAUGGUGACCGAGUUCCUGGGGGACGACGCGGUCAACCAGAGCAUCAUCUGCGACGCCGACUACUCGCAGAGCUUCCUCAAGUCCAUCAUCAUCCAGGACUGCAUGUGGAGCGGCUUCUCGGCCGCGGCCAAGCUGGAGAAGGUGGUGUCCGAGCGGCUGGCGUCCCUCCACGCUGCCCGCCGGGAGACGGCAGCUGCGGGGGAUCCAGCCCACUGGAAGCUCAACAGCAACUACCUGCAAGAUCUGAACACCUCAGCCUCGGAGUGCAUUGACCCGUCCGUAGUGUUCCCCUAUCCAAUGAUGGAGACCCCUAAGCAGAGCGGGGUGACACCUUCUAGUAAGGACCUGGGCUUGGACACUCCGCCCAACAGUGGCAGCAGCAGCAGCAGCUGUAGUGAUUCAGAGGAGGAGGACGGUGACGAUGAGGAAGAGGAGGAAGAUGAGGAUGAAGAGGAGGACGAUGAUGACGAUGAUGAUGAUCAGGAGGAAGAGGAGAUUGACGUGGUGACAGUGGAGAAAAGGCAAGCGGUUAAACGCUGCGACUCCAGCACGGUGGAAACCCGGCAUCCCAGCCCACUCGUUCUGAAGAGAUGUCACGUCUCCACCCACCAGCACAAUUACGCCGCCCACCCCUCCAUGAGGCACGAGCAGCCGGCUGUCAAGAGGCUGAAGCUGGACAGCAGCAACACCAGCAGCACCACCACCAGCAGCAGCAGCCGGGUUCUCAAGCAGAUCAGCAGCAACCGAAAGUGCUCCAGCCCGCGGACGUCCGACACCGAGGACUACGACAAGAGAAGGACUCAUAACGUUCUGGAGCGACAGAGGAGGAACGAGCUCAAGUUGAGCUUCUUCGCCCUGCGGGACGAGAUUCCCGAGGUGGCCAACAACGAGAAGGCGGCCAAAGUGGUGAUCCUGAAGAAGGCCACCGAGUGCAUUUACAGCAUGCAGUCGGACGAGCACAGACUGCUGUCGCUGAAGGAGCAGCUGAGGAAGAGGAGUGAACUUUUAAAACACAAACUCUCUCAGCUGCAGAGCUGUCGAGCCUAAACCUAGAGACUCCUGUUCCGUUAAAUGCAAGUUCACCAGUUGGGUUGUACAGUUGUUGCAUGGAAAUGCAAAAGAAGAGAAUUAAGUUUUCUUUUGUUUUUUGGAAUCUCGUUUGAUUUCAAUGUUAAAACUGCCUCAAUUGAAGUUUGGGUGGAGUAAAUAUUUAAAAGUUUAUUUUUGUUAAUAAAACGUUGGAAAAAAAUAGGGGCUGUUGUUAUUGCAAGCCCUUAAAAAUAAAUAUAAAUUUUUAUGUUUUGUAUAUAAUUAAUAUUUCCUAAGAAAAUGUAUUUUUGGAUCUCAAUUUGUCUGGAUGCUCAGACCAAGUGUUUGGUUUUUCAUUAUGUUCCUAGAUUCCUUUUUGAAUAUAAAAAAUGUUUCUCUUGAGUUUGUGUCCUUGUUUUUGCACACGCGAUGACACC